AUGGGCGCCGAGGAGGACGCCGCCGCACGCUGCGAGCGUCUCCGCGCCCUCCGCGCCGCCAAGGAGCUCCUCUCCACCCCCGACGGCGCCCCCACCCCCGCUACCGACGGAGAACAGCAAAAUGGCAACCAUGAGAUGGUAGAAGAGCCAGCGUUACCAGGUCCUCAGGAUGCACCUAGCGAGGCUGCUAAAGAGGAUGGUAGCCCCACUGAGGAGGCCGAGGAGGUUGAAGAUGAUGGUGAGCUUCCAGCCAUGAAGUUCAGAAACUACCUUCCCCAUGAUGAGCAACUCCGAGGUGGCAAGCUGGCUCCAGUGUCUCUUCCUAAGUUUGAAGACCCAAUUAGUGCUGAAACUGCAGAGCCAAAGGAAUUGGAGAAUCCUUUUGGAAACAUAGCACCAAAGAAUCCAAAUUGGGAUCUGAAACGUGAUGUGCAGAAGAGAAUUGAUAAACUGGAAAGGCGCACACAGAAAGCGUUGGCUGAGAUUGCAUUGGAGCAGCAGAGGGAGAAGGAAGCCUUGGAGGAAUCUCAAGAUUGA